GAACCUCAGAAACGCCGCUUACGGGGUCCUUGCCCACGACCACCAUGUCCUCUUCCUCCUCUUUUCUUGACCAAUACGAAUCCUUAGAUGUUAUAGGAAACGGCUCCUUUGGGAUAAUACGAAAAGUCCGACGAAAAACAGACGGCCUGAUAUUUGCACGUAAAGAACUAGAUUUUGAGCGCAUGAAUGAGCGGGAUCGGAAACAGAUUGUGGCAGAAGUAAAUAUUCUCAAGGACCUCCACCACGACCACAUCGUUCGCUAUCAUGAUCGCCAUGUCGACCGUGAUGCCGGAAUUCUCUACAUAAUCAUGGAAUACUGCGGAGGCGGUGACCUCUCUAACAUUAUCAAGCAGGCCCUCAAGCAUAAUCGACCUAUCCCGGAGGACACGAUAUGGAACUACUUUAUGCAGAUUCUGCUGGCUUUGCAUCAUUGCCACCAUCCCAAUGCGAAUGGACACGGACGCUCGGGGAGCACAGGGAGCACAGACGGCGAUAAAGAGAGGAGAGCGCAGAUAUUACAUCGCGACCUUAAGCCGGACAAUGUAUUCUUGGAUGAGUCCGGUGCAGUGAAGCUCGGUGACUUUGGGCUAUCUAAAGCCCUCGCCCAGGCUAGCUUUGCCAAUACUUAUGUUGGUACACCAUACUACAUGUCGCCAGAACUCAUGCAAGAGAAGGCAUACGACUCUAAAUCGGACAUAUGGUCACUGGGAUGUCUAAUAUACGAACUAUGUGCACUGAAGCCGCCUUUUCAUGAGGCAAAGACGCAUAGUGAGCUGAGCAUACUCAUCCGUAACGGCCGGGUACCACCACUACCCAAAGGGUAUUCCCAGUCUUUAUCCGGAAUCAUCAGGGCCAUGCUCAGUCUAAACCCUGCCAUGCGGCCAUCUGCGGCCCAGCUUUUGCAACACGAACGUUUGGAGCUUGUAUUCAAAGUUUCGGAGACAGAGCGAAUACUCCAAAGUGUCAAGGUUCAUAAGCACAACCUGUCCCUGCGCGAACGCGAGUUUCACAGCCGAGAAUCCAAGUUCCUCAGCGAGAUUGCCGCACGAGAGGGGGCUCUUCAAACACGUGAGGCAGGGCUUUCUAUGGCGAUCAAGCAUGCCAUAGCAGCGCGUGAGGAGGAGCUGCGGGUCCUUGUUCAACAAAGGGAGGAAGAGGUAGCAGUGGCCAUUGCAAGACGAGAAGAAGAAGUAGCGGCGGCGAUGAGGCGACGAGAGGAAGAGAUCAUUGCCAGCGUCAAUGCCAGGGAGAAGGAGAUAUUCGAGGCCUGGAAAGAAAGAGAAGACGCUAUGGAAGCGCGAAUACGAUGGGUGGAGAUACGGGAAAGGGAGCUGGAAGAGGAGGCAAAAAGGGUGGAAUGUGUGAAGAAUGAAGUAGAGGCGAAGAUGCAGGCCUGGGAAUGGGAAAAGGAAAAAGGGAAAAAAGGGCACCAGACGAGGCCCUUGGAGGAGGUGAAAAACCUUCUUGAGCCUUUAAGUAGACUCCACAUGGUGCAACCGUCGACACCUGCGCCACCUAAACUACAAGCGCCGAUGCUUCCGACGCCAGCAUCGGCGAUGCGAGGUGUGGUGCUCACAGACACGGGGGAGCUACUCGCGACACCCGCACCUGCAGAGCUAUUUGUCAAUACCCCGAAAGUGGGAUUGAACUUUGUGCGUAUAUUCGACUUUGAGGACGACCCAGAGGAUGGAAAUGAGGAGACGAGCCCUGUGCCUGUGACACCAAGUCGCAAGCGGACGUCGACUUCGACGCGUGAUUUCCCCUCUACGACGUCAAAAUCCACGACAUCUUCUGCAUCGAAACCACCACCGACGCGACUGCGCCGACCAUCGAUAACGCUGUCGUCGACUUCGUCGAGUUCGAAUUCAGAUGGGGUGAAACCUCAGCCCCUGCAGCAUCCACAUUUGAAGCCUGCAAUAUCUCCGCCACCGAUGUAUGAUCUGGCCGACGAGGAAAACCUACCUAGCCCGUUCCUGAAAAGGGCUGAGCGUGCAAAUAGCAUAGGGCCGAAACCGAAGAAGCGACCGAGUAACGGGAACCUUCUUCGAGCGGUUGCUGCGGCAAACUCUGCUGUCAGAAGCAAGUCAACCGAUGAUGCAGUAGCACGACCGUCUGUUGCGAGUGCACGAAAGGCAGGCGAAGAGGCGCGUAAGGCGUUGUACAGGACAUAGUACGGGGGGAGUAUUUUUAUUUUAUGGUCAACUUGCUUCCAUGUUGUGUUCGAUUAUUGUCAAUACUUAAUUAUUUUAUUUGUUAUGGAUGCCGGUAUGCCG